AUCAUGGAUCCGUUGCCUCUUCUUUUGCAAAGGUUGUCUGUUCCGGAAAAGUCCUUGAAUCUGCUCCACUUGGUGGUCCAGGAUUGGCUCGUGUUCCAACGGGACCGAUUCGACUAUUUUGAUGAAGAGGGCAAUCCCUACACGAGUCAAGUGUUUUUGAUUGAGGUCAGCACAGGGCGUUACAUUCACCGGGCACAAGGGCAGAAGGUAGAUUACGGGACCACUUCGGAUGUGGAUCUCUUGGAAUCCAAAUUAAUCAAAGCGUUUCGCGAUAGUAGGGCGUGCCAGGGGUUUCCAAUACAAAAUGUGUUUGAUGCGAGUGAGACGUCGCAAGUCUUAGAUUUCCCGUAUAAGCGGCGUGUGUCCAAUGGUUGUCAAUUCAUCUUCUCGUGUCCAGUGGCCACGCCCAAUUCGGAGUUGACGGUUCAUCCGGAUCGAUCAAGUUUAGACGACCCCGGACAGCAGAAUUCGGCGUGUGUUCCGUGUCAAGUGGCUUGGCAGGGUUUGACCACCAAUUUCCCCACGACCAAUGGCCAAAAUGGAUUCGGAGCCGAAGUGGAGCUGAAAGUGGAGGUGGAUCAUUUAGUGACGGAAUCGUCCAGUGCCUGGGAUGAUAGUCAAGAAGAGAUUCGAUCGUUGAAGAGGGAAUUGAGUUGGGGCGGAGAUGCACAGAAGAAGCCCAAUAACGAGGCUGGCGAGAAGAAGCUAAAGUAUGUCUACAAGUCGUUUGAUUGUGCGGAGGCCUUCAAUAGUUACGAAGACUACCAGCAUCAGCAGAAAGGCAAGCGGCAAUUGCAUUGUCCUCAUUGUACGGAGGACACCAUUAUCACCUUCAAAGAUUUGGCCGAGCAUGUCACGAAGAAGCAUCCCGAGUUGGCUAAAGAGUAUGUCAAGUAUUUGUCCGCGGAUGAGGCCAAAAUGAAAUCGCCUCGGGAAUGCAUGUUGUGUGGCAUGGUCUUCAACGGCACGACUUUACUCUGGCGGCAUAAGGAGCAUUACCAUGAGCUAGGGGAUCAUCGGUGCGCCGAUUGCCAACAACCCUGUCUCACUUACUACGAUCUCAUGAUUCACAACUACAAGCAGCAUGGCCAAACCAUGGAUCACGUGCAGCCUCGAACGCUUGGUUUUGAGGCCGUCAUUGAUGAGAAGGGUAAAAUUGAGAUGAAGCAAGUGUCUUUCGUUUGCGAACAUUGCGAGACAUCCUGCUCCACAAAUGCCGAGCUCACCCUCCACAUGAGAGCACGCCAUCUGCGGGAGCUCUUCGUAUGUCAAGUGUGUGAUGAAGCUUGCCACUAUGUACAGAGUUUCUCAUCGCACAUGGCACAAUUUCACCCUGAGAACCCGAGGAUCCAAUGCCCCAAAUGUGAAGUCGAGGUCAGUUUGAAAGACGAUCCGGAGAAUUUUAAUUCCCAUUACAAGAAAUGCUUGAAGGGCAAGGGUCCUCCCUACCAAUGUAAUUACUGUGGCAAAGAAUUCGCAGUUCAACGGAGUCUCUUGGCUCACGUGAGGAAACAUCAAGGGAUCGCGGCUUAUAAAUGCACUUAUUGCGAUUGGGGAACCAACUACCGGAGCUCCAUGCACACGCACGAGCAAAUGCAUCUCCGGGAAAAAGGCCUCACCAAUGAGGACACCGGGUUGGUGCUCUACCAUAUUUGUGACACUUGCGGGAAGCGCUUCGCCGGCAAACACGGCCUCACCCAACACAUCAAAACCAUCCAUCUGGGGAUCAAGCGACCCGUGGUGUGUAAAGAGUGCGGCAUGACCUUCAAGUCUCACCGAGACAUGUCAAAACAUAAAGUGGCCGAGCAUGGCCAUGUGGUUCGGUCCAAAAACGUGGCUCGAGAGUCCAUCUACUCCAUAGAGACCGAAGAGGCCAUCCGUGGAAUUCAGAUAUGAUUAAGGGUGUAACCAAAUAGAAUUACAUGUUAAUAAAGUCAUCCUUUAAAAUUGUAA